UUGUCUUGCAACCGAAGACGUAUGAAGAAAGACGAUGGGGAAAGUCGUAGGGCCUACUACUACUACUACUAUGUAACCAAAUAAUCACAGCACCUGCAUUAGAGUGCCUUGCGAAAGACGAGAGGGACCUAAGAUACAAGAUACAAACCGAUAUCGCGUCAUAGCAUUGCAAAGAUUAGAAGCAAAACCUUAUCUGUGUGAAUGCUGUUUAACGACCGAAGACAGCGAAAUGCAGGUUCAGCAAAGACAUCUUCUCUAAGAGUCAGAGGCCAGCCAUUGCUGUGCUGCAUGAAUUGUUAAUCGAUGACGUCGUCGCUGACUCGCUGCAUGGCACGCUACAGUGUGAGUAACAUGCUGAAGCUGGCAUACGCUGGAGUUGACCCUACCUUUCCUGGAAAUGGUGGCUUGGACUGCAUGCAGUUCUCCGGGCCAAAACAACGCGUCAUAGAGGUACUCUGCGGUACCUCGCUGGGUGUGUACGAGAUCUGUUAUGCAUACAAAUGCUUACAGAAGAGGCAAGACAACAUCAAAGCACUAGUGGCGAAAGAUAAGGCCAGGAAUCAUCUGAACAGGCAUGACAUAACGCUGAAGAAAAUGCUCUUAGUCGUAAUGUGCCUGGCAUUUGGAAUUGAACUUGGCUUCAAAUUUGCAACGAAGCAGCUUAUCUUUCUACUGAACCCGUGUCACAUUGCCACUAUGUUACAGAUAUAUGUGCUUACUGCUCCACCUAGUGAGUUAGUGGUGAAGUUGUUCCGAGUUCAAUGGUACAUGUUGCAUGGUGCCACUCUAGCUCUGAUCUUUCCUGUCAUUAAUACUCGAGUGGUGAGUACAUUUUUAUUUGAUUUGAACAUGUGGUAUUUCGUACUCACUGUGUUAAUGUAUAAUUUGAUUCGUUUUAUUACAGGUGUCUACACACUGGAGCCAUUCUUUGAUUUCAAUUGGGCCAUCCUAACUAUCGGUGCCCUGUAUAUAUACCACUUUUUGGUACUGCAAGGAUUUGGAUUGUUGACAUAUGUUAAUCUGAGCAACACACUGUGUCCAGCGAUCACAGAUCCAUUCUAUGGGCCACAAUAUCGUUUCUGGGCAAUCCUACACCAGGGAACCCUGGUACCGCUACACGGCAAGGCUUUGAGUCUGGUUGCGCUCAUAUGUAACUCACUGUUGUUCCCCGUGGCACCUACAUCUGAACCCAGAGAGUCGUCAGAUAUCAGCCAAAAUGGAGAGUGCCUGACAAUUGAUGGCAGGAAUACUGGUGGUGAGCUGCCAAGUAAUCACAUGCACACUGAGUAAUGAGUUAGACACAAGGUUGAAAGAAUGCAGUUUCUUCAUUGAUAAUGUGCACUGUGGUGCCAUCUGGUGUACGUGGUCGUGGUUAGUUUAUGCCCUUACUUAUUAGUUGGUUUUACCUUGACCACAGACAUAAUGCCAGAGUUGCAUCGCACCAUUGUCAACAGCAGUUGUUUCGGAAUCAAAAUUAUGCCCUGUUAUUUGAAUCCAUUUAAUAUAAUGUUAGUUAGCUAUUAUUUUAAUCGGUGUUAUGAACAGACACUUAGUAUAGUAAGUAUUACUAUGUGAAGUUCAUGUCUUCUUUGAUACCAAAGUAUACUAUUGCAAUAGUAUUAGUAUAGAAGUUUUACUACUGAGUAAUCACCACUGACAACAGUCAUGGAGCUGAAGUAGUGGGCGAGUCUAUAAAGUAAUACCCUGUCUUAUGGUAACUCGGGUUACGUAAAUUUGCCCAUGUGUAAUUUGUAAAUUAUAAUUGUGUAUAUGAUGUAAAAUUGGUUUGGGGCUUGUUUUAAGAGGCAGAGGUUAGCCUACCCCUUUUCGUGGUUAUUUUUAGCAAAACAUGCCUGUCAAUCACGAUGUUUGAUAGGUCAAUGAAGUCUUGUAAUUUACUCGGAGUGCAAACAUUUUAUUGGUGCAUAAUGAUUUGUUUAAUUUAUUCCUUUGCUAAAUUCCAUAGGUGGUAGCUAGGAGCAAGUGAACUAAGUCAGAAUUGUACGUGAUAUUUGGCGUGUCUAGUCUAUUGCUGAGCUCAACGUGUUUCAAAAAUAUACACAUGAAUUUAAAUAUAUAGGUAAAUCUUUACCCAUUGUUAGUAUGAUCAUUAAUAUUAUACUUCUGUAUGGUAUGUGUGUUGGAUAGUCUAUCUGCAUGCUGAUUAUUUAAUUACACUCUGUGAGCAGCUGAAGAGAAGAAAUGUCUUAAAAAAUGUGAAAGAAAAGUCAUGGAGGGUUGCAAAAUUAAAUUUGUUGGUCAUCAUAUGCUUCUUAAAAUUGCAUGUUACCAUCAUUUUUUGGUAUGAUAUAUAUAUUCUCUCUUGUUCACGCACAAAUACUAUAAUAUUUAUUAUAUCAAUCCUCGUGUAAUUUGUAAACUAGCAUAUGAAAAUGAACCUUACAUUCAAUGAAAAAUAUAUUACUACUACACACAUA